CAGCAGUACAAUUCCAUGCAAUGCACCUCAUACGUAUCACGAGUCUCUAAGUAAAGGAAUGGAGGUAGAAGAUGCAGUAGAGCUGUUGAAAGCAGUGUCGCAAAUUUCUGAUGAACCCGAACAAGUAGAGAAUGUUGCCAAAGUCCUUGAGUAUCAGCCACUUGCCUUAGCAGCAGCAGCCUUUUAUGUUCAAACGGUUGUAAUGAACGGAUCUCCAGACUACAGUUGGGCACGUUACAAGGAAGUAUUAAGCAAGGGUCAGCGAGAAGCGACUGAGGAACUCCUUGCCAGUGAGAGCUCAGCUUAUCCCAAAACAAUGACGACAGCAAUCCAAAUUGCUCUAAAAAGAGCUGUCCAAAGCGAUGAAGUUCUCUGUCAGGCGUUUUCUUUCCUUUCACUCUGUUCUUCAGAAUUGCUGCCAGUUGAAGCUGUUGUAAACUUUGUCAAAGCACGCAUUCAGUCAGGGCUACCACAGGAGCUAAUAAAAGCUAAGAUUUUGAAAUCUUGCCUAGUCCUUUCCUCGCCAGCAGAUCAGCAGGGGCCCGAAUGUCUGCGUUUGCAUAACACCGUCCAUGAAGUCCUCAAACAAGGGACAAUUAGGAAACUGGAGCCAGCAGAUAGAAAUCAGAAUCUGGUAACGGCCAUAAAGAUAUUGACACCCCUGCUUACAUUAGAAGAAAAACAAUUCAAAACAACAAGGUACUACGGCUGUCUAAUGUUGAAUAAAAUGACGUCUCACUGCAAAGCACUGCUUGAGAGCGCCAUACGUGAUUUCACAUGUCCAGAAAGCGAUUUGAUGAAGGAAUUGACUUCAAUUAUUGCUCUUGAAGAAGUUGUUGAAUGGCUAUGUUCCACUGCACGCAAUUGUAAUCGACUUGAUGAUUUAGCAUCUGCAAACAGGAUUUCUGAAUUAGCCUGUAACCUGCUGAAGAACGUGAGCAAUGCCUUGGAAGACACCUGGUUAACGAAAAUGGCAUUCGUAACACGCGGAGAUGUUUACUUUAGCGUUGGUAAACAUCAGCAAGCCAAGGAGCAGUAUGAAAAGGUUUUGACGAUCUGUUUAACGACUUCUGGUAAAUCGCAUCCCAGUACAGCAAUCAUUUAUAAACAGUUGGGAUCAGUGUACCACCAAACUGGACAAUACAAUCAAGCCAAAGAUUGCUUUGAAAAGGCUUUGGAUAUCCACACUUCGAUUAACGGUCAAGAGAACAGCACGGUAGCAAGCCUUUAUUACGACCUGGGUGGUGUUUAUUACACUAUUGGAAAAUAUAAAGAAGCCAAAAGACUCGUUGAGAAUGCACUGGCGAUUAACAAAAAGAUUCACGGUGAAGAGCAUGCUUAUGUGGCAGAUAGUUAUAGCAGAUUGGGUGCUGUGUACCACAGCAUGGGAGAAUUCAAGAAAGCUAAAGAACUCCAUGAUAUGGCAAUAAUGAUUCGGAAAAAGGUCUACGGCGAAGUGCACACUGCUAUAGCAGAAAGUUAUAGCCACUUAGGAGCUGUUUCCAGCAGCAUUGGAGAAUUUAACACAAGCAAAGACCUUUACGAGAAGGCACUGGUGAUUCGGAGAAAUGUAUACGGUGAAGAGCACGGGGCAGUCGGAGCAAAUUAUAACAACUUGGGACAUGUGUACCUUAACAAUGGAGAACUCAAACAAGCCAAGGAACGUUUUGAGAAGGCACUGACGAUCAUGAAAAAGAUAUUUGGCGAGGAUCAUCCUGAUGUAGCAGCUGGUUACUUGAAUUUGGGAAUUGUUUACCGCUGUAUGAAACAGUACAAUCUAGCCAAAGAACACCUAGAAAAGGCGCUGAUGAUCCAGAAAAGGACUGAAUUAGGUGAAAAGAAUGAACUAACAUCAGAAAUGUAUCGCAACUUGGCGACUGUGUACGGUAGUACUGGAGAAGUACAUAAAGCCAAAGAAUUUGACGAGAAGGCAAUGGACAUUGCAAAACAAACUUGUGGGCAAAAGCAUCGACUUGCAAUUCAUCACGAUUUACAACGGCUGCAUCUACCAAAAGACUGAAGAAAACGACUAAGCCAACGAAUGCUAAGAAAAGGAACUGAGAUUCAGUUAUUGAGGGCUCACAGUGAAAAGCAUGUCACUGUAACAAGAAGUUGUAACAUCUUGGAAAGUGUACACCACUCCGACACCAGUAUUGGAGAUUGCGUGCCCGAAUACGUGUGGGCUGGCCAGUUUAUGCUUAGUCUGUUCAUGGCUUCCUGGAUCUCUACACAGCGUUUUGCUCUCCAUUCCAAUUCAUUUAAGACGUGAGCAAAUAUAGAGACCAAAAUAAAAUAAACUUCUUUGAAAAACAAUUAAAAGCAAGCAAUCGCUUAAGCUCAUUCCCC